UAGAUAGAUAUUUACUAUAUUUAUAUUUUCCUAAUUGGUUUGUGGAAUAGAAUUUAUAUUUAAAUUUAACUUCUCACAAAAUAUCCUACACAAAAAAAAAUCCAAUUUUUUUUUUAUAAAUAUUAGUUUUAUUUACCAUAAUUCAUUAUUAUCAUCAUCAUCUUUAUCAUAUUCACAUUUUUAUUUAGAAGCAUUCAACGUUUACUUCAUGAUUCAACAAUAUGGAAAAAGCAAAGGAAAUUUCUCCUUUCAAUGAAUAGUUGUUGAAAAGUUCAUUGUUAAAUUCAAUUUUCUGUGAAGAAAUUUCUAGUUGAAGAUGAAUGAAACUCGAAAUAUGACGAAUAUUUUGAGAAAUCCUUCAAAAUUUCUUCAUCGGUGUAGUAAAUGGAUUUCAGAUCUAAAUUUGAACAAGUUAUUGUUGAUAUUACCAUCAAUUUUGUUUAUUGUUUAUGUGUUUUACUCUUCUGUUGUUGGUGGAGGAAGUACUGUUGUAGUGUUCAAUCCUUUCUCAAAUUCAAAAUCAACUAUCAGUUACGUUCCCGGAGAUGGAUAUGAUUUUCCGGCGAGAUUUGCAGAUGAAUCGGAGAAGAAACGGAGGAAGGAGGAGCUGGAUCGAUCGAGAAUAGCUGUGUGUUUAGUAGGUGGGGCCCGUAGGUUUGAACUUACUGGGCCUUCAAUUAUACAGAAAAUUUUGAAUGUUUAUCCGAAUUCUGAUCUGUUUCUUCAUAGUCCAUUGGAUUCUAAAGCUUAUAAGCUUUCAUUGUUGAAAUCUGUUCGGAGAAUCGCCGGCGUUAGGAUUUUCCGGCCACAAUAUAUACCGGAAACUGAGUCACAAGUUCGAGUUCUUACAGCUCAAAACUCACCUAAUGGAAUACAGGGGUUGCUGCAAUAUUUCAAUUUGGUAGAAGGUUGUUUGACAAUGAUCCAAGACCAUCAAAAGCAGAACAACUUCACAUACGACUGGAUAGUCCGAACUCGAGUUGAUGGCUACUGGUCUUCACCACUAGGCCCCGAAAACUUCAUCCCCGGGCGUUAUCUCGUCCCUCCGGGUUCCUCCUACGGAGGCCUGAACGAUCGUUUUGGCGUUGGUGACUACAACACAUCGGUGAUUGCUCUUUCGAGGCUCUCCAUGAUACCCCAGCUUGAUUUAGCAGGGCGUAUUCAGCUCAACUCAGAAAGCGCAUUCAAAGCCCAACUUACAACUCAACAAGUCCCUUACCUAACUAUGCGCCUUCCCUUUUGUGUAGUAACUGAUCGUCAGUACGAAUUUCCUCCAUCCCAUUAUGGCGUACCGGUUGCAGCACUUUCCAGUCGAGGCCCCCUUAGUGGGGCCAAAUGCCGGCCGUGCACGCCGGCGUGCACCGGGUCAUGCGUUGAGGUUGCCAUGAAUAGACUAGAUAAAGGAUGGAGUUGGACGGAUUGGGCCAAUAACUCUCUCGAGCUAUGUGAUGCUCACGCUGAAUGGGAGAGCGGGUGGGAGAGAGUUUUCGACAGAGUGGCGGGGAAAAAGCUUGCUGCAGCUAGAAGAAGGAUUGAUGGAAUGAAAUUAGAUCAAUGUAUUAGGGAAUUUGCUGAGAUGAAGAAUAAAACUUCACAUUGGGAGGCUCCAUCAGGUACAGAAAUUUGUAGUUUAGGUUUGUUGGACACUCCCCAAAGCUAAAAAGAAGGAACCGGUCCUUUCGAACUUCUAGUUCUUCUGGAUUGCAGCCCACGAGGGCACUCUAGAGCAACCUUUGAACGCGUUCCGCCUUAGUAUAUUAGUGUAUCAAGUUACAUAUUGUUUAUUUCUUGAAAAAAAGAAAGUCCAUUUACACAUAGUAGGAUUCUUAAUAGUUCUUAGUAUAACUGAUUCAAGUGUUAGGCUCUACUGAGUAAUGAAACAUAGCAUCACUUUGUUA